UUCAUGACGUUCUUAUUAGCUGUUUAAAGUAGCUAGCAUCUCAUAGUAAGUACAAUUUAGGUGCUAUUUUAAGAUGUUAAGCGUUAAAGGGUGAGAAAAACAAGCGUUUGAAGACGUAUUGACGUUCCUCGACGAAUCAUUUGUCAGGUGUCUAAAGUUUUGCUGUGCAGCCCUUUGAGCCACACUGACGUAAAAGCUGUCACUCAUGGCACCCUGCAGUUGACAGAAUGGCCCAGAUAUCAAGUGGUAAUGGGUUCAAGGUGGAUGUCCCCAAGUCAAAGGGGGUUGUGGGUAAAGAGGAAGCUCUGCGCAUGGAGGAAGAGGCUUUAGCGAAAUUGCAAAGGGAUAAGAGACCCACUCUUCCAGUUCCAAUAUCCUCAUCUUCCUCGAAACCAAAACCUUUUAACUCCACCACUACUGCUCCUCGUCCUUCACCUGGAAAUAAUAGACCUGAGAAGGACCUCAUCGUCUUCCCAGAGGCCAAGAAGAAGGCACAACAGGAUACGUUCAGGGAUAUUGAUGUGGAAAAGCUGACCAAUGAGGAACUUGAAAAGCUCCUCCUGGAUGAUAACUUUGGGAUGAACAGCAAAGUGUCUCGCCCCUCUUCACUACUGGGGUUUAACCUCAGUGCGUCCUACCCUGGAGGCCAUGCCUGCCCCUCCUCUCCCUUCCAGAGCAACCAGUGGACACCUGUUCUGUCCACCCCGUCUAACUCCAGUGUGUCCACUCCCACUCAUCAGCCUCCCCCAAUGUUCCCCUCUGCUCCGUUCCCCAAACCCGGCACAUUUCAGAACGGCUUCACUCCAACCAUGUCGCCCUUCAUGACGAUGUCGGCGCAGCAGCCAUCCUUCAUGUCCUUCACUCCCAUCCAGCCCGCUGCUGCCAUGAUCUUCCAUCAGCCAGCAGUGGACCCUGGGAUGGCCAAACUGUUAGACAAGAUUGCCAGCACCUCAGAAUACUUGAAGAACGGCAAAUUGGCCAUCACUGAACUGGAUUCCUCGAUAGCGCGCCCGGCUUCUCUGGCUCCUAACCCGCCUCCCCAGCAGCCAGCGGGGGUGGAAUCUUCUAGCAUCAGUCGCUUUGACUGGCUGGAUUUAGACCCACUUACAAAGCGUAAAGCUGAGAAUGACGAAGCGACUCCGGCAUCAGCGGCCGAUGCACAGACAGUACCGACAGUGGCAGGGGACCCUUGGGAUGCAGUGCUUGAGACUGAAGGGAACACUAGCAGCAGCAGCAGCCCCCCGCCGGAGGAGAAGGCAUCGCUGACGGUCCGCUCGCAAUCCAGGAGAGCUUCAACGGGAGCGGCCGUCACCAGGAGUCACUCGCUCAACAUCCCGGGGACUUCCUCCCAGCACAAACCAAACCAUCAGGACAAAGGAAAAGGAAAAGGUUUGUUGAAGAAUGCUGCCCUGGAGGAACGGGACGCUCAAAACCUGGAGGUUGUCGCCUUCUGUGAAGACGUAGCAACUCUGCGCUCCAAAUUCCCUCAUGACGCCGCGUCCACCAACCCCGGCUACGUCCUGAGCCCGGUCAUCACGCAGAGGGACAGCGGAGGAGAGAACAGCUGCUCUGUCAAAGUUUCUAUUGAAAUCUCAGAGUCUCAACAGCCUGUGACCUUCACCUGUGACGUGAGUUCUCCUGUGGAGCUGCUGAUCAGUCAGACUCUGUGCUGGGUUCAUGAUGACCUGGACCAGGUGGACUUCUCCAGCUACCUGCUCAAAGUCUGCGGCAGGGAGGAGGUGCUGCAGAAUAAACACAGCCUGGGCAGCCAUGAGUACGUCCAGAACUGCAGGAAGUGGGAGAACGAGAUCACUUUACAGCUCCUUUCUCACUCCACCAUGAGAAGAGACUUGGCUCGCAGCGCUGAAGAUGACGUCUCUGUGAUAGAUUUGGAGAAGCACCUGAGCCAAGUGGAGAGGCCGUUCAAGGAGAAUGUCACCAGACAAGGGCUGGCUGAUUAUUUAGAAGGAUAUCACAAUCAGGUCAACAUCUGCCUUCAAAAUGAGAGCACCCAGUAUAAGACGGUGGAGCGGGUGGUGCAGACUCUGAAGAACCUGUGCUGUGCUCUGGACGAGACGGAGACCCAGGCCAUCACUGAGGCCGUCAAAAGGCUGAAACACUCCGUCAACUUACCCCAGACACGCUCCCCCAAGAUGGGGUCCACAUCGUCUGGUCAAUCGUCAAAUGGUCACAGCAGUCCUGUGGAGGAGGGCAUGGCCUCACUGACUCAAGCUGUGUACGAUCUGGCCAAACUCUACCUGCGCUCCUUCUGCCCCCCCUCCACCUCCUUCAACUCCCCCCCGCUGCCCCAGGCUGCAGAUGGAGAAGGCGUGGAGGGGAUAAGCAGCAAAGAAGCUUCCGGCACCACAGACCACCUUCAGUUCACUCUGUUCGCGCUGCAUGGCAUCCCGGCCCACUGGGUCAGCAGUUAUGAGAAGUACUUCCUGAUGUGUUCCCUCACACACAACGGCAAGAACCUGUUCAAACCGGUCCAGUCCAAGAGAGUGGGCACAUACAAAAACUUCUUCUACCACAUCAAGUGGGACGAACUGAUCAACUUCCCUAUAGCAGUAGCGGUCCUCCCUCUGGAGUCCACUCUGAGCCUGACUCUGUUCGGGGUUUUGAACCAGAACGCCAGCGGCUCCCCGGACUCCAACAAACAGAGGAAAGCUCCGGAGCUGCUGGGAAAAGUCUCCAUGCCGCUGUUUGACUUCAGACGGGUGCUGGCCCGGGGCAGUCAGCUGUUGUGUGUGUGGUCGUCUCCUGAGGGAGCGUCUGCUGCCGGAGGCUCUGCAGGAAGCCGUAGGAAGACGCCCGCCGAGAGGAUAGUGCUACAGGUGGACUUCCCCAACCCACCAUUAGAUGUUUUAUACGUGGGACCAAAGGAAGAGCCUAGACCGGAGCCCCCCUCUCUGGAGGAGCUGGACCCCGAUCUGAGACGCAAACUGGAGAAAAUCUGCAGCCGAGCUUCAAACUUUGGGCUGAAGCGUGCGGACCACCAGCUCCUGUGGGACCACCGGCUGCACUGCAGGCAGGACCACCCCAGCAGCCUCCCCAAGGUGCUGGCCAGCGCGCCCGGCUGGGACUGGGCCAGCAUGGCUCACAUCCACUCGCUGCUGCACCACUGGCCCCUGCUGCCGCCCGUCACCGCGCUGGAGCUGCUGCACUCAAAGUUUGCAGAUACAGAAGUAAGAAAUGUGGCAGUGAGCUGGAUUGAGAAGAGCAGUGAUGAUGAGCUGGCUGAUUACCUGCCACAGCUAGUACAGGCGUUAAAGUUUGAUAGUCACUUAAAAAACGCCCUCGUCAUGUUCCUGCUGUCCAGAGCGCUGGCCAACAUCAACAUCGCCCACUACCUCUACUGGCUGCUGAAGGACGCUGUGCAGGACCCCGCCUGGGGGAGACGUUAUGAGCGAGUGCUGGGGGCGCUGCUGUGCAUGUGCGGCGUGAAGCUGAGGGCCGAGCUGGAGAAGCAGUCUCACCUCGUCACUCUGCUGGGGGCCGUGGCCGAGAGGGUCCGCCAGGCCGGGGGCUCAACGAGACAGGUGGCGCUGCAGGAGGGUCUUGAAAACGUUCAGAACUUCUUCCAGAGGAACAGCUGUCGGCUGCCCCUCUGCCCCAGUCUGGUGGCCAAGGAGCUCAACAUGAAGGCCUGCUCCUUCUUCAACUCCAACGCAGUUCCUCUCAAGCUGGCCCUGGUGAACGCCGACCCGCUGGGAGAAGAGAUCAAUGUUAUGUUCAAGGUUGGGGAGGACCUGAGGCAGGACAUGCUGGCUCUUCAGAUGAUCCGCAUCAUGGAUCGCAUCUGGCUGCAGGAGGGCCUGGACCUGCGCAUCGUCAACUUCAAAUGCAUCUCCACCGGCAAGGACAAAGGCAUGGUGGAGCUGGUGCCGUCCUCCGACACCCUGAGAAAGAUCCAGGUGGAGUACGGCGUCACCGGGUCCUUCAAAGACAAACCGCUAGCCGAGUGGCUCCGAAAGUACAACCCUGCAGAGGACGAGUAUGAGAAGGCGUCAGAGAACUUCAUCUACUCGUGUGCCGGGUGCUGUGUGGCGACAUACGUUCUGGGCAUCUGUGAUCGUCAUAACGACAACAUCAUGCUGCGCUCCACGGGUCACAUGUUCCACAUCGACUUCGGGAAGUUCCUGGGACACGCCCAGAUGUUUGGCAGCUUCAAAAGGGACCGCGCUCCUUUCGUUCUGACCUCGGACAUGGCGUACGUCAUCAACGGAGGCGAGCGACCCACCAGCCGCUUCCAGCUGUUUGUGGACUUGUGUUGCCAGGCUUACAACCUCAUCAGGAAACACUCUGGGCUUUUCCUCAACCUGCUGUCACUGAUGACGUCCUCCGGCCUCCCCGAGCUGACGGGCUCUCAGGAUCUGAAGUAUGUGUUCGAUGCCCUGCAGCCGCACAACACAGACGCUGAGGCCACUAUCUUCUUCACCAGGCUGAUAGAGUCCAGUCUGGGCAGCGUGGCGACCAAGUUCAACUUCUUCAUCCACAACCUGGCCCAGCUGCGGUUCUCCGGUCUGCCCGCCAACGACGAGCCAAUCCUCUCCUUCUCCCCGAAGACGUACACCAUGAAGCAGGAAGGCCGCAUCCUGCACGCCUCCAUCUUCUCCUUCCAGAAGAGAUACAACCCCGACAAGCACUAUACGUACGUGGUGAGGAUCCUGAGGGAAGGCCAGACUGAGCCCAACUUUCUCUUUCGCACUUUUGAUGAGUUCCAGGAGCUCCACAACAAACUCACCAUCCUCUUCCCUCUCUGGAAGCUGCCCAGUUUCCCUAACAAGAUGGUUCUCGGUCGCACCCACAUCAAAGAAGUGGCCGCCAAGAGAAAGCUGGAGCUCAACAACUAUGUGCACAACCUGUUGAGGAGCUCCACAGAGGUCACACAGUGUGACCUGGUGUACACCUUCUUUCAUCCAAUCGCACGGGAUGAGAAGACAGAGGGUUUAGAUGCCACACCCAAAGCACCAGAGCCUCCUCUCAGUCCCACCUCUGGUCGGGUGGAAGGAGAAGUGAAGCUCUCGAUCUCCUACAGGAACAGCAACCUCUUCAUCAUGCUCAUGCACAUCAGAGAUCUGGUCUCUGAGGAUGGAACAGAUCCCAACCCUUAUGUGAAAACCUACCUGCUUCCAGAUCCACACAAGACCUCCAAACGCAAGACAAAGAUCUCGAGGAAAACCAGGAACCCUACUUUCAAUGAGAUGUUGGUGUACAGCGGCUACAGCAAGGAGACCCUGGGUCUGCGGGAGCUCCAGCUGAGCGUGCUGAGUGCCGAGUCGUUGCGAGAGAACUACUUCCUGGGCGGCAUCACGCUCAGACUCAAAGACUUUGACCUCAGCAAGGAGACGGUCAAGUGGUACAAACUCACGGCCGUCCCGUACUUCUGAAACCUGCCUGCGCCGGAGCGGGGAACGACUCUGUGUCUGCAGGAGAAAAUAAAACUGCGUUCACUUCAUAUGGGAACGGCGGCAGAUGCAGCCUUACCUGAAAAUACUAGUCACUGUAUUUAAUGGUUCAUGAAAAUACUACUUGGUGGAUGGACAUACUAUUUUUCUGACAUAAUCAGAUUUAAGGUAUAAGCAGUGAUAUUUGUUUUAAACCUAACAAACCAAAUGGACUGUUUGUUAAUACAUCAUGGCAGGCUACAGCGCGCUUGUUGCUUAAAACCAUGCAUCACUAUGUACAUACUGAUCAGUCACAACCUGGUUCUAAAGAAUUUCAUCAAGGUGGCUCCCACCAAGUUAUUGCUUAUAAUAAUGAUGAUGUUCCUAUAGUGGUUAUUCCCAUAUGACAUGAAUGCAGACUCCUCCCGACGCACCCUAAGAAGGCGAGCGUUUCACAAACCCUCAAAGUGGAGCCUGCUCUCCUCUCUUCCCAUCUUUAACUAAACAAGAUUGUUUCUGUGACAAACAAUCUUCACUUAUUGUGUCUCUCUUUUUCCUAAACUAUAACAAAGAGCUGUAAUGUUUUGUACAUUUUGAUAUUAGAGGACCAAAAUGGCUUACUUUCAGAAGAGUAUAUAUAGAUUGACACGUUUAUUUUUUAAGGAAUAGAAAGGGGGCUCAUUUUUACAUUUUCCUUGUUAAUUUUCUACAUAGACAAAUAGGAGGCGUCAGGGUUUCCUGCUUUGCAGCAGACACUUCUGGGUAGAGUAGUCCAACACAUCAGAUUCCAGGAAAUCAACAGUGACCUUAUGAUUCCCCACGAAAGUGCCAAAAGUAACGAGAAGGACGGCGAAUCAAACCACUCUCCGAGGAGGAACAGGGUGCCUUCGUUUGUGCUCACAAUCCCUUUUUAAUACUCAACUUGGCCUUAUUGCUAAAUAUAUUUUAAUUACCAUGAGAUGUGUCCUUAUUAAAAGUUAUAGCAGUAGUUCUGCCAGAGCAGGUCUGAAGGUUUUUGUAAUUGUGGGCUUCCACUAAACGCACACUACCAGGUCUUUCUCUCGUGUUCUUACUUGACUAUUUUCACACAGCACACCAAAAGGGGAAUUUGUUUCAUAAGCUUUGGAUCACGCUCUGGAUGAAGAGACAAUGGUUGCUUGAUGACGCUGAUCAAAAGUCAGUUCUGUGUUUCCUUCAGGUGGUUCGAAACCAUAAUUCAGACUUUUCAAAACGCAGUUUAGGGACUGAGUUCAAACUGGAGUCUGGACAGGAGGCAGUCUGAGGCUGCGAUACCACACUGUCGUGUAAUGACGCCAUUACAAGUAACUUGUUUAUAACUGCCAGUGAAGUCCAGAUCCACGUUUAUAUGAUAUUUAAGUUAAAGAACACUCUGAAUUUUGAGGACAUUUCGAGCAAACCUUUCUCAGAUCAUUGCUGAAAAGGCAACUUUGACUUAAAACAUCUUCACAAAAAGGGAACAAGUUUCUGAGCAUUAGCUGCUUCCUCUCGCUAACUACAAAUCUAAAGUUGUUAUUAAUGUUUAAUAAAGAAAUGAAAUGUAUCUGAAAAGAUGAGAUAUUCAAGACAACUAUGAUCUAAGAGCAUCACUCACGCUAUGAUAUUAGUGACUUGAUCCACUCUUUUAGUGACUGUACAAAGAAAGCAAGCAGAGUUUGUAUUAACAUGGCCAGUUAUUUAUUAUUAAUUGGUGACCUGUAACCCGAAUGGAUCAGUGUGUACUGUAAUCCCUCUUUCCUGAAGCAAAUUAAAUGUUUUUUGAACAAAUUU